AUGAGCUUCGUCUGGCAGGCCGACCAGAGAAGGAGGCCGAACCUAACCAGAGGGCAGCCGGGUUGGACCAGAGGUGGGCGACUGAACAUGGUGGGUUUGGGUCGCAUCAGGCCGAUCGAACCGGGUGGACUAGAACCAGUCCGGCUAGUUGGAUCCAACCGGGUCGAACCGGAAUUGAAUCAGCUCGGGGCAAUCAGCAACAGGACGGGCAGAAUCAGGGGUUUCCUAUGGGCGGUCACGGAUCGAGUAGCGAGGCAGGAGGCUUCCCACCGUCGCGCGUGGGGCCGUACGGACCGGGACGAGUAA